GAGCGGGGCGUCGCGGGGACGCAGAGGACGGCGGGGCCCAGCGGCUGCCGGCUGGGCGUGCUCACGGAGGAGGAGUUCGCCAAGACCCUGAAGGUGCUGGGCUUGGAGGCGGGCUCGGAGGAGGCCGGCGACUCCACGCGCAAGAUGGUGGUGAUCAGGAAGGUGCCGGCCUUCCGCCACCUGAGCGAGGAUCAGGUGGCGAAGCUGGUGAACGCCCUCCGGCUGUCGACGUUCAAGAAGAGGGACAAGGUCUUCCAGCAAG